AAAUCAGGGGAGUUACAGGAUCUAAGAAGUUGAAAGUAGCUAACGUCGACAAGCUAUGUAGAUCUACUAGAUUUAUGUAAAAUCGAAUUAAUAUAUAAGAGAAUGAUGUACAACAGGUCAAAUUAUUACUACCCCAAAACACUAGAUUUAGGCCCCUUUAUUUGACAUAACUUUAUUAAACGGGUAUAAUGGAAGAUCCAGUUUUGCAUGUCAUGGUUAUUGGGUUUCAUCACAAGAAAGGAUGCCAGGUAGAAUUUUCAUAUCCACCACUCAUAGAAGGCAAUUCAGUGGAGAGUCAUGAGAUACCAGAAGAAUGGAAACAUAUUCCUUCAUUAGCACUUCCUGAUGGAGCACACAACUUUGUUAAAGACACCGUUUACUUUGUUCUACCUGGUAGAAGUGACACGCCUCACACUAUUUAUGGAGUUUCUUGUUACAGACAAAUGGAUGCCAAAGAUUUGAUCAAUAAAACUGCUGAUGUGACCAGGAGCACAGUACAGAAGAGUGUUUGUGUGCUGAGCAGGCUGCCUUUAUUUGGUCUUAUCCAAGCAAAGCUUGAAUUGAUAACACAUGCAUAUUUUGAUGAGCGAGACUUCAGUCAAGUAGCGUUAUUGGAACAAACGUACAAAAACCUCAACGCUUCACUCACACAGAGUCUUCUGGAGGGGACUCAGGUUUUCUUAGGUCUUUCAGCUCGUGAAUUGGUCACAUUGUACAAACACAAAGUUAUUAUCCUCUUUAAACUUCUAAUGUUGGAGCGCAGGGUUCUGUUCUUUGGGUCACCAGUGGAAUCUUUAUGUCAAACUAUACUUUGUUACUUAUCAUUAUUUCCAGGUAUGCUAGAGAGUGGACUUGCGCAAGCUUGUAACCAGUGGAGUGUGAAGAAAUUGUCUCCUGACUUAGCGCUAGUUGACAUAAACUCUGACCUUGAUGAAAGUGAACAGUUUUUAGAGGUGCGAUAUGAUUGCUCUACAUCUGAUAGCUCACUGACAGACGUCCUGGGGCACAUGCAUAACUCUGGGAUUAACCUAGGCGCCAGUGGUGACACCAAGUACACAGGACUUGAUAUCAAUGAUGAUGAGAUAGAACCUGAGGCUCCAGAAUCUCCUUCCAUUCCUCGAGAUGUCUUAAACUUUGAUUCAACCAAACUUGCCAACAAAGAGAAGCCAAGUUCUAAAAGUGAGCUCAAGCUCUCACAUUCCCACACAGAUUCUCAGGGGCCUCGCUCUAAACACCUACUGGAUUCUGAUAAACUGACUGUACACGCUUUUAGUAAGACUAGAAGACAGUUUUCUUUGGACGAUUCAAAGCUCAGCUCAGACAGAGAUACCCUCCAUGAGAGCCCACUGGCUAAUUUAGAGCAAAUCACUCAUUUAGAAAAUGUUCAAAGUGGAGUCUCUAGUGUGGAGAUCAAUAAAAAGAACACUCGACUGGACAAUAACAGCAAUGCGCUGCAUAAUGAAAAAGUGCGUAGGAACAGUUUGACCCUCCACAGUACAAAAACUAGGAUGGACAAUGAUGAGUUGAUUGAGGACUUGGAUUCUCCAGAGAGUAUUAGUAAAAUUGAUAAAGAGGAUUGCUUUUCAUGGGAACAAGACAGACUGCAGCUGACCAUUGACCAUGACAUUAUGAAGCCUGAGCCGUCCACAGCCUCGUCCUCCAUGAGCGCAAGCAGAGACUCCAUCGCCGCAAGUGAGAGUGGGAAGGAAUCAAUAUCUGAUGACACAGCCAGUGCUUCCUCUCAUGAGCAGAAAGAAAGGGCCAAAAUAGUUAUAGAGAACAAGAAGAAAGAAGCUGAAGAGUCACCUGCUACAAAACAAAAGAAAUCUAAAGCUCUAAAAAACAAGCUUUCAGCUGCAUUCAGUAAGAAAGGGAAACCUAAGAAAACAGAUGAUACACACGUUUUAAAACAUGAUGGGACUGUGGUCCUUCAACAAGAUCAGUUUGGCUAUCCUCUAUCCAUCUUUACUAAGGGCGCUGUGUGUCACCCCUAUGUGAGCCUGCAGUACCAUGAUAUCCUAACUGAUGUCAACAUUCGCAGCUUUGUGCUUGGGGCUACCAACAUACUUUUCAAACAGCGGCGUCAACUUAUUGAUGUUUUUGUUGAGAUUCAUGAUGGAAAGGUUGAUAUCAGAGACAAGGACCUGCAGCGUAAACUUAGUCUGACCACAGCUGAUCUCAGAUUUGCUGACUAUCUGGUCAAGACAGUGACCGAUGAGAGGCCUGGUUUGUUUCUGGAUGGCACAGAAUGGGAAGGCAGUGACGAGUGGAUCAGAGCUCAGUUUAAACACUAUCUCAACUCACUCCUCUCUACUGUUGACUCGGAUGAUGUUAAACUGCUUGAUGACUUUGGUACAUCAUUUAUCGACACUUGGAAAACUACUCAUAAUUAUAGGUACUGGAUGGAGAAUGAUCAUUCUGCAGUUAGAGACAUACCACCAGGGCAUCCAUUCCAGGGUAACUUAAGCAUGGCAGAUGUACGAGUAAGAUUUAACCACACUCUACAAAACACUGAACGUGGACGAAAAAUCAACGCUGCAGUUGUCCAGACAGGGAAAUAUGUUGUACAAACUGGCAAGGCUGUUGGCGGAGCUUUAACGUCUGCGAAAUCAGCGGUGUCAGGAUGGUUCAGCAGUUGGAGGCACAGUGACAAGGAACAGGAGACAGUCAAAGAAGAGACCAGUGAUCCCAAGAUGGCCAGUGAUAACUCCAGUCAGUGAUGACUCCAGUCAGUGAUGACUCCAGUCAGUGAUGACUCCAUUCAGUGAUGACUCCAGUCAGUGAUGACUCCAGUCAGUGAUGACUCCAGUCAGUAACAUCUCCCCCUACAGCAGUACAGUCUCUUCACAGUGGUCAUGUCUAGUCAAGUAACUUACAGAUAUUUGAUUAGCUCUUUUUAUUUCUGUGGCAUUACAUAAAGCUCAUUGGUUUGAGAAAACCCAAGAUUGAAGAAUAGUUUAUUUGUAUCAGUAAAAUGCGUGUGUUCUGGUUCCUAAAGAGCUAUCAAUUAACCUGGCCCUUUAGUAGUACUGUUUGUAAAUGAAAUGACAUAAUGUGCAAUGUGGAGUAGAAUUUCAUACAUUUUUAUAAUUAGUUUAAAGAUUGCAUUUAAUUCAUUUCUUUCUAAAAAGUAUAUUUAUUUCUUGCUUUUUUUACACUACACGUAUCAAUAGAGAUAGGAAAUCUUUUUUGCAGAAUUAAUAAGAAGCAAGAACAGAUACAUGUCAACAUGACAUCCUUUUUUACUUUUUGAUAAAAAUUGUGAUAAUUUAUAAACCCAGGUCACUGAGCAUUACAUAAACUAGUUUAAUGUGUUGUAAAUAUUAUUACAAAGAUCUAGUAUUUACUUGUAUUAAUCCUUUGUGAAAAUUCAUGCUUUAUUCAUAAAAAAUAUCUAACCUAAUUAUAUUUUUGAGUCUUUAUUUUCUCUUGUGAUAUAUUUCCAGAUUUUUGUCCUCUAAAAAUGAGAAAUUUCUGCCUCUCACUCCCAUUUUAUUAGUAAUGUUAGGUGGCUUCAAUAAUAGUUUUUGCCUUAAUUUAUACAUUUUUCAUUUUGCUAGUUGUCUAAAGAAAUUGCUGGGCUAUAUUAUACUUAAUUUUUCCAGUUUAAAAUUUUAUUUUUUUCAAAUCUAAGAAUUUUAUUUUGCAAUAUUCCUUUGAAUUUUAUCAAUUGCUGUUUUUGUUGUUGUGAUGCUUGCUACUUUCUCCUGUGUUGAGUUUAUUUUUCAUUAAAUAGUUCUUCAUGCAUUGUACAAUAUUUUGUGAUGAUUUCUUUGUAUAUACUUGAUGUAACUUGCAAUACUAUUUCUGUAACCAUGUCAAUUAUUAAGCUUUGAUUUUAUUUUCUUUGUUGUAGCUCACAAAAAGGGGUGUUUUUUUUCAUAUUACAAUGUACUUGGUGAUAUAUAGUUAGAAAAACAUUUGAGUGAAAUACUAAUUUAUUGAAUACAUGGUAAAAUAUUGAUUGCAAAAAGAUUGAAUAAGCAACAUGGUUUUACUGAUAUUACUUUUUCCCAAUGUCACUUUGGUUAAUGAUGUAGGGGCCAAUCAUUUUUCUAUACUGAGGUGUAAUUUUUAAGUGUGCUCAAAUAUUUAUACAUUUUAACUACAAAAUAAACGGAUGUGUUUAUUUUAUUUGGUGCAUAAUGCUCUAUUUAAAAAAAAAUAGAAAAAGAUGAAUGAAUGUACGAGUGCUACAGUGUCAGUUUUCUAAGCUACUUAAUGUCAACAAUUCAUCUACUUGUAAGUUGCCUGCAUUGUUAAUGUACUUAAAUUACUAUUUCAUAAUUGACAAAAAAGAAAUUACUAUAAUUUCAAAACAUUGGCCUAUUUAUUAGCCAUCACCUAGAUGGCUUAUUAAAAAUGUGUCACAUUAAAUAUUUGAAACUACACCUUGCAGUUACAUAAGUUAUACAAAUAAAUGAUCCGAUUCUUUUUUCCUUAAGAUUGCCUUGCUUUUCCUAGUGCUACUGUUGUUUCUAUAUCCCUGUAAUGUUACAGCUGGUGUUAUGUAUUCUAGUGAUACAUAAUUCUAAUAAAAUAUUUUAUUAAAUCUGUUGCAUUUAAAAAUAGCUAUUUUUAUCAAUAUUUGCUUUUAAAUCUCAUUUAUAUUUUGUAUUUUCUAAAGCUUUUUACUAAUACAUUAUUGUUGGUUUUCAACAUUCCUUCAACACUAAACAUGGUCAGUUUACAAGAACUCAGCAGAUUCCAUAGAGUUUGUAGUUUUGCUGAAUUAAAUAAAUUAUAACAUUAAAAAAUGAACCACAACAACAUUAAGAUAAUACUCAACAAUAGAGUGGGAUAAGUAGCUUACAUAAAAUGAAACUCAAGGAUUAUACUAAACCACUAUAACAAGUUUUACCAACUUGUUACACAUAUCAAAAUGAAUUUAAAAACAAAAUGGAAGUGGUGGGUAUGUUUUAAACUAUGAGUGUUUCUCAGUGUAACCUUGGUUACCAUUUGCCCAAUGUUGGCACUAAAUUUAACAACAGGAUAGUUAGAAUUGCUUUUAUGGUAAGAUUUGGUUAGUUCAGUGGAAUACCCACCCCACUGUUUCAUAAUGUUGCGAAUACAAACAUGAAACUCUGGCCAUUAGUGAGCUGUCAUAUUUUAGAUUGAAUUAGGUUCAUUUUUACAUAUCAACAAUUCUUGAAACAAAAAUUCAGUGGAGCUGUAUUUUCGUGUGUGAGCUCUAAAAUUGUAUUAUCCUUUCCUUUAGACUUUCUUCAAAUGACUACAGGUAGUAAUUUCCAACUCAAUGUAUGCUGCAUGUCAUAUAGUCCAGUGUUGUUACAAAUCUGACACUCCAUUGGUCUGGGGAUGGUGAGAUUAUUUUUUCAUAGCGAGGUACAUAAAUUCUGACAUGGGGAGAUUUAGAAAAAUGGGCAAAUAUUUAUUUAGAGAAGGUUGAUGUGUGUAUUUUCUUUUACUACAGAUUGCUGGGAUUAAAAUACAUUGAAAAGGUUUUUUUUUAUUAAUAACAUUGGUUUAUUAUUAAUUCAUUGUGUUUUUAAAAUUAUAUUUGACAUAAACUGUGAUAAUAUGUAU